AUGGCGUCGAAAACGCCGGUCCUGAGUUCGCCCUCUAGUCGAGCUUCACUCCGAAGCCUAAAGUCACCGAAGAAGAGCGGCUCGGAGAAAAAUGAGACACCCGCAUCGCCGUUGGUGUCGUCUAACGUGGCCAGUCCGGAUCUGGAAGGCAGCGCUCUCAGGGGUUUCGUGGAAACGGGCUCGGCGGCAGUCAUCGAGGAGAACAUGCACGUCAUCCUCGGCGACGGCCGGUACCAAAUUCGCGUCUUGGUUACCGCGGCGCUGGCUGCGGCAAUGAUGCUGACCCAGGCGCUGGCCAACGAGCUCAUCAGCAGACCCGUGGACCACUGGUGCAGGCCUCCCGACAAUAUGCGCCAUCUGCCGGCGCAUGUGUGGAGGAAUGCAGCCAUCCCCGUCGACGCCGACGGGGGGUUCAGCAAGUGCACCGUUUACGACCCGCCAAUCGCGGAAAACGCGACAGCAGAACGUCGGGUGGUGGAGUGCCAAGAGUGGGACUACGACAUCGGCAACCACGCUGACAGCAUUAUCAGCCGCUGGGACCUGGUGUGCGGGAGGCGCUGGCUCCAUCAGCUGUCUGUCAUCGGUUUUAUGCUGGUGGCGAUGGCGUUCGUUCCGGCUUCCGGUGCGCUGUCCGACCACACGGGGCGUCGGCCCGUCAUCCUCAUCAUGACUGGGACACUCUUCAGCGCCAGCCUAAGCGUGGCCGUGGCGGAGACUUUUCCAUUCUUCCUCGUUGCCCGGUUCGUGGUGUCCUGUUCGUGCAACGCUGCCGCCAUGAUCCUUUGCGUGCUCCUCUACGAGAUGACCGGAAAGGAACGGCGUGCUCUCUACUGCGUUUGGGCCACGGGCGUCGGCGUCACCUUUCCCGUACCCUUCCUAAGGGCCGUCGGUGCCCUUCAGCCGCGGUGGGUGCUAGCGCAGGCCGUUCUCGUGUUGCCGACCGCCGUACUUGUCCUGCUGUGCUACUCCUUGGAAGAGUCGCCCAGCUGGCUGAUCAGCAAAUCGCGGCUGCGUCGGGGGGAGCAGGUGAUGCUCAUUGUGGCGAAAGACAACAGGGUCAACAUCGAGAAAGCCCAAAUCUCGCUCCGGUUCCUCCGACGCCAAAUAAAACAGCACAAAAACCUGCAGACGGCCUCAUCUACCGGGCUAUUGAAAAGCGAAACUGGGAGCGAGUUGGCUGCGCGCAGUGCCGUAUUCUGGCGCCAGGCAACCUCCGUGGUCAUAUGCUUCGUUAGCCUCACGUUCGUGUUCUACGAGUUCGUGCUGAAGGAGAAGCUGAUCGGCGUGUACCAGGCCGCAGGUCACCUAGCCUUACAGUGCUGUAUUUACUUCGUUGCCUGCCGGGUCAUAGUCAACAAUGGCCAGCGCGAGACCCUCACCUUAAUGUUGGCGCUGCUGGGCUUGUCGACGGCCGCCCACGCCGCGGCGCAGUUUCUUGACUUCUCAUUCAUGCUUCCCAUUCUUCGCAGCUUGGUGCUGGCAGGGUGCUCGGCCUGUCUCAGCGUUGCCUACAGUUACACGGCCGAGGUAUUCCCCAUCGCCAUUCGCACCACUGGUCUUUGUCUCGCAUAUAGUUGCGGACGCGUGGGAAUCGUCCUCAGAGCUGCGGUGGCAAAAGACGGGGCUGAGGCGCAUCAGUUAGAGCGUGGCGUCAUCGUUACAGUGAUGGUGUUCGCCAGCGCUGCUGUCAUUCAGUGGCUGCCGGAAGUUUUCGUCAAGCGUUCGGCAAAGAAACCGCUCAACCCGGAAGCCUUGACUUCGGAGCAGCGUAAGGCGGCGCUGAAAGAAUCCAUCUCCUCUCCGACCCGCGGCAAAAAGACUCAUCGUCGUGAACAACGCCGCCGCUCGAAAGCAAGAUCAGAGACUGCCUCUCCCGAACCCACUUCGAAACAAGCGGCCUCUCCUCCGUCGCCAUAG